AUGGAUAUAAAUGAAAUACUGUAUUUUGGAGAGGAUGCUGUCACAGAUUUUGAGUCAAAGCUCAAGAUAUUAAAGUUUAGCUAUAAUUGGGCAGAUGCCGUGGAAGAAAGUGAAAGAGGUUCAGAGGUCCCAAAACACCUGGAGGAAAUUGCUAAAUUGAUGAAUGAAGAAAUUGCAGAGGAGAAGAGAAGAGACACAAACAAUGACAAAAGCAGAGAAAAUACUAUUUUGAAUUUUGGAAAUGAACCUGAUGGAAACUGGAAAGAAAAGCUUGAGAUAUUAAAAUUCGAGUAUUCCUGGGCCAAGAGUGUUGAAGAGGAGGAUAAGAAAACAAUUGAGGAAGCAAAUGCAUCAAUAAAGAUAAGUUACAAUGAGAAAAGCAGACGUGAUCGCAGAAGCAGGAGUGCACAAAAGUCAAAUAAUUAUAGUUAA